UUACACAAUCGACUAAGAAUCGAAUCGAGUCACAGCUCUAAACUCCACAUCAGCUAGAAUAACAGAAAAACAAGCAAGAAUCGAAAAACAAAAAGAAAAAGAAAAGCAGUGACAAUUUUGCAAAAGCUAACAAUUAGAUAUGUCUGCGGCUGGAGUUGAUGACGAGCUGAGCUCUGCCGGGGUCCCACAGUCGCCGUCAACAACAACAACAAUUACAACGGAUGCAACAACAACAAAUACAAAUACAGCAGCAGCAGCAGCAACGAUAGCAACAACAACAGCACCAGCAACAGCAACAACAACGACACCAGCCGUGGCUGAAAUUGCCGCAUCCAGCAUACGCUCCGGUUUGGCGGAGUUGGAACUGCGCUCCUCGCAGGUGCUGCAACGCCUGGAGAAUGUUAAGGCCGUGCCGGGAUCGCCAAGCAAAGUGAACACUGAUGCCGGCGACAGCAGCAACGAUGGCAACGACAGUCAACAGCAGCUGUCGGGUGUGGAUCGGGAUCGGGAACGCACAGCGGCUGCGGAUGUUGUGCUAUCGACACAGCUGCGUCAGGAGCAUCGUGUACCGUCGGAUAUAUUAAAAUCGCUGGAACAGCUGGUUGCCUAUUCGGACAGUGAUGAUGAUCCAGAGUUUCCACUGCCCGCACUUGAUGAUGUCUCCCAUUUGGCACUCAUCUCGCACAGCAUUGUCGCCUACCUGUCGCAUUUGGAUCGCCAGCAUCUGUUGCGUGUGACGAACAGCAUCUCGGGUGAUGCCACACGCUGGCUGGGCACACUCUUUCAUUUCCCCAAUGCCGCGAGCAGUUUCCAUGCGGAUAAUGCCGAUGCCGUCCUGCGAACCGUUCGCCUGGCCAUUGUCGCCCGUUGUCCGGGCUAUCUGGAGGGUGGCAUUCCGGCUCUCGCUCAGCCUUGCUUCUACAUCUCGGAGAACACGACGCCGGUGCGAUUGCAGUAUGCGUGCCGUCAGUUGGGCAUCUCGCUGGAUGCCAUCAAGGUCAUUCCGGAGGACAACAAGUAUGGCACUAUGGAUCUAACGCAGCUCCAGAAGCAGGUGCAACUCGAUCUGGCCGCCAGUCGCACUCCCCUGCUGGUUGUCGCCGACAUUGGCGCCUCCCUUUGCGGCUACGUGGACAAUCUGCAACGUUUGCGUGAUGUGUGCAAGGCCCACAAUAUGUGGCUUCAUGCCAGCGGUCAUGGUUUGGCCGCCCUCGUCUGUGCCCAGAAUCCAGGCAAUGUCCAUGACGUGCUCCACUCGAUGGCCCUCAAUUUGGGCAGCUGGCUGGGCGUGCCCAGUCUGCCCAUUGUUCUCCUCCAUCGACCGCUUCAAAACAGCGCACUGAGUGCCUUCGAAUCGGAUCCAAUCCUCUCCAGGCGGCUGAACGCACUCUCGCUGUGGACCAGCCUACAGGCACUUGGCAAAAAAUCAAUUGCCGAGCGUCUCCAUGUUGCAUUCCAGACGUGCAGUAUUCUCUUCGAGAUCGCCUCCAAAUGCGAGGGGAUUCGCGUGCUGAGUCAUACGCCGGGAGCUCAAACUGGCGCCGCCUUGUCGGACAUUAUUAACAGCGCCUUUGAUGUGAACGCCUUGUUUGAUGCAGCUGCUCCCGUGGUGGUUUAUCAAUUUGAUGGCAGCACAACCGUUCCAAUUAGUUCUGGAGCUGGAGAGCCCGCUGCCGAAACGGGCCUCAAGCCAUUGGAGAAAGUUAACAAUGCCUCGUACUUUGAUCGCCUCAACUCUUGGCUCGGCCAGAUCCUACAGCGGGAUUGCCCCAAUUUUGACUUUGAGGUGAUUGAGCAUCCAACUCAUGGCAGUUGCAUUCGUUAUUGUCCCUUGGAACUGGGACUGGGCGAGCAGCCGCCCAGUUCGGAGAAUCUGGAGAAUUUCGCACAGAGCUUGGAGGCACAUGUAGAUAUACUACGUGCCACAAUCAAGCACAAAGCGCGCUUUAUACAUCUGGUGGAUCGCAGCGAGGUGCUAAGGCUGGUGCCACUCCCAGAAUGGGCGGGCAUGGGCGGUGUGCGAUUUGUGCCCGAAGGCUGGGAGUCACUGCUAACGGAUCAGGCCAAAACCGAGCUGAACAAACUCAACAUUGACCUGGUGGAGGCUCUUAAGUCAACGGACAAUGCCUUCUCGCUGGGCGAGGGCACCGAUGGUUUAAUCUGUGUGCGAUUUGGAAUGGUUACCCACGAGACGGAGGUGGAGGAGCUGCUCGAUUUGGUUGUCACCGUUGGCAAAAGCGUGCAGGAGAACUCACGAGUUCUAGACACCAUGUCUGAGAUUGUGAAAAAGGGUAUUGAGGCGGCCACGGCGGACUUGCAGCGCGAGUCGGAGGAGAAGCUGUGGCAGGAGGGUAUAUUGCGGCAUGUGCCUGUUGUUGGACGCGUAUUCAACUGGUGGUCACCGCCCGCCAAGGAGUCGGGCAUCAAGGGACGCAGCCUCAAUUUAACCCAAGGCGUUGUCGAGAGUACCGAGAACAUUUACAAGUAUCAUAUGCAAAUGUCGGGAGAAACAGCUCAUCAGUUGCCCGCAAAUCGUUCGCCUCCGACGCCCAUGAUACAGACACCUGUGGUAUCGAGCGCAUCUCCUCCUGUAUUUCCCACAGUGGAGCCUGUGACUGGCGAAGCAGCUGAUGCAUCAUCAUCAGCAGCUCCGUCUGAAGCAUUAUCAGCGGUGGCAACAACUGCAUCCGCAUUGGCGGCAGCAACAACGACACCAAACGCUGCAAUUGGCAACCAUGUGGAUCAUGCGCGCACCGUUAGCCAGAGCAGCGCUGGAUCCUCCUCGGUGCCGGAGCUGGUGGCGGUCAAUAGUGCAAUAAACAAUAACUAAACGACACACAAGGCGCCGAUUGCUUAUAAAGGACAACGACAGGCUGCUUAGCAAAACUAAAACCACAACACGCCUCCCCCUCUGACCCUCCACGUCUUUUUCAACCAAAACAAUACGAUAAAAACCUAAGUAUGAUUAAAUAACCAACAAUAUGAUAACAACUCCAAAUGCAAUUCUGUAAUUCCAAAGAAAAAUCUUAGAUGAGAGCAGGAUCAACGACGAAGGUCCAGCAACGGAUUGACAAUCGAAUGUCCUAUCAAAAUAUUGCACGUUUGCUUUUAUAUCUACAUAUAUAUGCAUAUUCUUAAUCAAUCUAUUCUAUUGUCAUUUAUAUACUUCCUUCUACAUUUUUUUUUUAAAUACUAUUAUUUAUGUGCUGCAUUGUUGUUGAUGUUGUUGUUCUCUGAGCAUUUUAAUUUCAUUAUAUAUUUAAAACAAAAAACAAAAAAAAAACGUAUUCCAAUGUCCCUUUUUGUAUCACUAUUAUUAUUAUUAUUUUGUACUAUUAUUAUGCAAGUACCUAGAAUCAUUGAGAAACGUAAUUGUCUCUAGCACUAUUCUAAUCUAAUUUUGUUAGGCGCUAAGUAAAAUGAAAAGCAUACAAUUUAAUUAACAUACUUAUACAAGAACACACAACUAACUACAAGGAAA